AUGGGUCAAGGGAAUUCCUGGCUCGCUAGAAACCAAGUCCCUCCAAGCGUACGGGAUCAACAGCUCGCCAUCACUGGUAUAUCGGAGAACUACGGAGGCAAUAUUUUCCUGCCCUCUAAUCAAUCCGCAAAUGUACCCGAGAACGAAAGCACUUCGCUCUGGUUAACUAAUCUUCCGCCUAAGUGCACUCAUCAGAUGCUCCUAGGCGCUAUCCGCAACUGCGGGAAGAUAUUUGCCGCAGUCAUCAACCCGCCCAGCGAGUCUACUAACCGAUUCAGACAGCGAGCUCCUCAUACAACCUCGGCGUCUAAGCUAGUCUUCUUCGACCGUUCUGGCGUCGACAAUCUUCUCGCUAAGUCAGAGGCAGGCGAAUUUUCAGUUGAAGGCUAUGUUCCUAAGAUUAAGAUGAACCGUAUUAGAUCGGCACCGCGCGACCCAAGCCCGCACUGUCGCGUCCUACACAUCGAAGGCCCUAACUGCAUCGUGAACGAGCGGUUCCUACACGCCUUCUUCCGGUCUAAAUUCAACUAUGAGCUAGAGGCCGUCCUGACAUUGUCUAUUAACAGCUUGUACACUCGUCAGGAGUGGCGCUUUGGAAGCUUUCGUUGCCAAGCCGAGUCUGCGCGCCAGUCGAUUGCGCGAGAGAAGACCCGAACGGACUUGUCUGAGCUCGAUACUCAAAACUGGAGGGAAGUCUAUGUCUACUUUGGCGUCGACCCUUGCGCUCCUCCGCCGGGUUUCUCUCCAUAA